AUGGAAAUCGAAAUCAAGAUCAGACUGCCCUCGGAGGACGAGGCCGCUAAGCUGGAGCGUGCGCUUGGAGGUAGCCCUACCAGCAUAGAGGACCAAGAUAAUGUCUUUUUCGAUGGAGUUGGCAAGGAGCUCAUCAAGAACCAACUCGUAUUUCGUAUCAGGAUCAUUGAAAAAACCGGAAAGGAGCCCGUUGCAGUCGUAGCACUGAAAGGCAACGCGGUGCUGAUCAAUGGAAUCGCCAUGGUUGAGGAAGAAGAGCAAAUCAUCGACGUGGAUAUUGCUAUGCAAAUUAUUGAGAGUCCCAACAUCAUCCCCGAAGUGGCCAAAUCGCAUCGUCUGCUACAAAAGAUCGUCGAGCGGGUACCAUGCCCCAAUGGAUACUUAGAUAUGGGACGAUUCAGGAACGUGCGGCACAAGUUUCAAUGGAAAGAGUACACUGUCGAGGUCGACCGCACAAUUUAUCCUCACGGAACGGCUUAUGAGGUCGAAAUCGAGUCUACAGAUCCGGACAAAGCUAAAGAGCAACUGCAAGAGCAUGGAGUGGCUCACGGCAACAGCCAGAGAAACAAAUUUGAGAACAUGAUCUACGGGACGCUCCUCUAG